CCAGUGAGUCGUUCAGUCUUGCGGUGGCCCUACAGUACGCUGGGUGUGUUGUUUCAGGUGUUGCGCUUACAGCAUCCACGCAAAACGGUUCACUUUCACACGAGGUGGCUAAACGUUCGGUCGUCGAUCGCGCAGCGUGCCUACUAGACUACACUCUUUCCCGGUCUACUAAGAAUCAGCCCGGGCGUCCCUCUCAUUCGAUACCAUAGCAACGGGGAGGCGUGGUUCAACGGGAAACGGCAAUGGCUAAUCCUUCGGUCGCAAUCAUGACCCAGCAGGGACCCGCCUUCGACUCGAACUGCAUGACGCUGACGCGCUUCGUGCUGCAGGAGCAGAAAAAGUACAAACAUGCGACCGGCGACCUGUCCCAGCUGCUCAACUGCAUCCAGACCGCGAUCAAGGCGAUCAGCUCGGCGGUGCGGAAGGCGGGCAUCGCUAAGCUGCAAGGAAUCUCAGGCGACACGAACGUGCAGGGCGAGCAGGUGAAAAAGUUGGACGUGCUGUCGAACGAAAUCUUCAUCAACAUGCUGAAAUCGUCGUACGCCACCUGUCUGCUCGUGUCGGAGGAGAACGACAACGUGAUCGAGAUCGAGACGGACAAGCGGGGCAAGUACGUGGUGUCGUUCGAUCCGCUGGACGGUUCCUCCAACAUCGACUGUCUCGUGUCGAUUGGGUCCAUUUUCGCCAUUACCAAACAGGUAAAGGAAAACACGACCCCCUCGGAGCAGGACGCACUCCAACCGGGCAACAAGAUUGUGGCCGCUGGGUACGCACUGUACGGCUCUGCCACCAUGAUUGUCAUCAGCCUCGGCAACGGGGUGCACGGUUUCAUGUACGAUCCCUCGAUCGGCGAGUUUGUGCUGACCGAUUACAACAUGCGCAUUCCGGAGCGGGGCAACAUUUACUCCAUCAACGAGGGGUACGCGUCCACGUGGGACGAGUCGGUGCUGAACUACGUGAAGGACAAGAAGGACCCGGCGAAGGGCAAACCGUACGGCGCCCGGUACGUGGGCAGCAUGGUGGCGGAUGUGCACCGUACGAUCAAGUACGGUGGCAUCUUCAUCUAUCCGGCGACGGCUGCGGCCAAGAAUGGUAAGCUGCGCCUGCUGUACGAGUGCAACCCGAUGGCUUACCUGGUGACGCAGGCCGGCGGCAAAGCGUACGCGACCAAGGGCAAGGAGAUACUGGACGUGAUGCCGACGUCCAUCCAUCAGCGAUCGCCCAUCUAUCUCGGCUCGAAGCUGGAUGUGGAGGAAGCGAUCAGCUACAUCAAGUAGGCGUUUGGCUGGUCCCGUUCCCGGUGGUUGUGCAUGUGGUGGUUUUGUUUGUCCGUUUUGUUUAAUUGUAAUAAAAAUUUCCUCACAAUGUA